AUCAACGUCAGGAAUAAUAAUAGAAACAAAGGAAGUAUACGCCUUUCGAUGCGGUGUGACAAAGACAAAUGUCCGUCAAUAGGGACAUUAGUCUCAAAUAAGAUACUUUAUUCAUUUUAUUCUAUCUUUAACACAAAUAACUCUUAUAAAAACUCAAUUCUAUUUUCAAUGACGACCACAGCGCCUUCACCUAAUAUAACUCAAAACUCAAAAACUAUUGUAAAUAGUCUAAUAUCAUCUUCACCAUUAUUUGUAAUAAAACAACACCGCUAAAGGCCAAGCACAGGCUCGCUUGGAAGUAUUUUGAUAAAAGAUACAUUAAGAAGUGCUUUAAAAUCACGUUUUGCGCAUAUAUAUAAACAAAAAUUGUACGAUAUGUAUCAUCUGUAAAUGAGACAAAGUAUGAUUCUGUCAUUUUAUUUUUUCCGCCCUUGUGCGAUGGACAACCUGCACACCUAUACGCGGCCACCCUGAAGACGGACAUAUAAUUUCGGAGUGAUUUGACAAUUAAAUAAGUUUUUUAAACUUAUCUACAAAUUCUAAUAAUGAAACUUGUAGAACUUGAAGUCUUUUACUUCUGUUAUGACAUCUUAGACUUGGAAAAUAUGAAUUAAUCACCGAAAAGUCAGAGAAAAUUUCGCCUUUUCUAUAAUUUUCUCUUUAGGGGUAUAAAAAAUUCAUACAAUUUUUGCAACCUCUUUUCAGCAGUAAAGUCAAUUGUCCUAAAAAAUGUCACCAUUUUGCCAAAAAGCCUGUUCUUACUGUGAAAUUUUGUGUUUUAUAGCUCUCAGGAUAUAGGACAUGUUGGCCUGUUGUUGGAUCCCUGAUUGUCAACCAUCUCUCGUCAGACUAAAUGAUAUAGUAUAAAACAAUAAGAUAUUGUUUUUGAAAAGAAACAGAAUUAGCAGUUAUAGGGUUCGGCAAGUAUCAAGACUGAGUGCAACAAUCGGUGAAGGUCAAAAUGUUGAAAUUUUAGUUAAUAAAGUUGAAGGGGAACAAAAGUGAAUAUUUCCAUCGUUAAUCUCCAUGAAAAGUAAUUUUUCUUAAUAUUUCAUGAAGACGUUGAACGGAAUCAAAAUAAAUCUUUUGACUGUGUGCUAAACAAGAAUUUAAUUCUCUAUUGUAUACUUUUUUUAAGUUCCUUUAACAACAACCAAAUCAAUUGGUAAUUGUACUUCUUCCUUCUCUUAUCAGCGUAAUUGGAAUCGAACUGGUCAGAGAGUUGCUGGUUCAGCUCUUGAUUUAACUUGUUCAUCAUUAAAAUAUUUAUAUUCUCCUAGGAAUAGCUAUCGCUAAUAAAUUUGAUUUAUAUAUUAGUGACAGUGGAAAUAAUAGGAUUAUUAAAUGGAAAUUAAAUAAUUCAUCAUUAAAUAAAGGUGAAUUGGUAAUUGAUAGAAUUGAUUAUUUAGCUGGAAAUUCAUCAACUGAAUUAAAUAAUCCAUGUGAUAUGGCUUUUGAUGAAAUAAAUCAACAAUUAUAUGUAGUUGAUUCAUUAAAUUAUCAUGUACAACGACAUAUGUAA